CGACCACAAUGGACAGGAGCAGAAGAUGGACCCUGUGGCCUUUGAGAGGCAAAACGCCCUGUCGGGGGCGAACCACGGCCAGUCGAGGCAGCGCCAGGACCAGCCCGCCGUCACCACCAUCAUCAAAAGGGGGUCUAGACGGAGAAACAAGACCUCUUUUAAGGACAAGAGUCUGGGCGGACCGGAAGAUGGAGUGGCCGCCCAUUAUGAUCCCUCGAGCAGCCGUAACUUCAGCGAGACGCGGGCAGGGGAAAUGGCCAAAAUCCAUCUAGCAGCACCAGGAGAGCCGGGCAGCGUUGAGGGUGCUCCUCAAGUCCCGAGCAGUGACUUUGUGCCCAAAUGUGAGAUCUCGGGCAAGGAUGCCCUGUCUGCCCUCCACCGUGCGGGUUCACGGCAGUGCAGACAGGAGAUUGCCAACAUCGUGUGCCAGCACCAAGCGGGACAGCUCAUGCCUCAGUCUCUGCCUCAGUUUUGCCCACAGCAUGUGAUCUCCAGUGCGGUCCAGCAUGCAGGUUUCACUGAUACUGACCUCUCCAAGGUGGAGAACCCAGUCAGGGUGGUCUUCAUGCUGGUGGUUCAUGGACGAGCAGUCCUACAGUUGAAACGUCUCCUCAAAGCCAUCUAUCACAAAGACCACUUUUAUUACAUCCAUGUGGACAAGGUAAGUUAGCACCCAACAGGUUUCUUUUUCCCAUUGAGAUAUCACUGAAAACAAAAAUGUGCUCAGAAUUUGUGUGUGUCUAAGAACAGCCUCAUGAACCAUAAAUUCAUUAUAACAAGGGUCUCGGUUUGAGCAAUUUAUUUUUGCAGCAAAAUCCAGCAGUUUCAGUAGGAGUUUCGAGUGAAGGUGAAAUAUUUCUCACACAGAUUUCCCCACGUUUAAGUUGGUCAUGUGGAUUCGCUGUGUUGACCAACAGAAAGCUGUU